UCAGCUGUCGCGGAAUGAUACACGUCAAAUAUUGCAGAACAGACAUGGCAGCCUCAUGUGAAUAACUAUCCAGAUUUUUUUUUUCUACCAUAAAAAAGCACCAUGAUUGAAGAUCCAAAUAAUGUCGAGCCAGGAGAAUUUCUCCGUGCGAGAGGACAUCUGGAGCUCAAAUGUCUCCUGGACAGCACCGAUGUUCAUUUCUUUUUUCAGUGACGCUCAUGCAUAAAUGCAUCUCAAGAACAUUUGAGAACUUACGCUCUCAGGUGAAGUCAGAAUCUUGCAUCCUUCGAGUCCAGGAUAGCCCAGUUAUAAUCUGGCCAAACAAGCAUGUUCACGUGACUCCGAAAGAAAUAACUGCAAACACACCGUGUGACGAUCUACAUAAAUGGAUACCCAUCGAUGAACAAGAUUUGGCUGGCAAAAGGUCAGCAAAGAAGAAGGGCAAAAAGAGCUCGGCAGCCAGAGUGAUCAGCCUAAACCUAAUGAUGGAAGUGACAAAGCCAGGUCCCCUCCCGGCACCUGUUCUCUGCAAAACCGUCCAGAAGUCCCACUUCCUGUCUACAACUCUUCCAAUGGACUGUGUUGUCCACAUAUGCUCCACCGACACCAUCAAAGAUGCCUGUGAGCGUUUGCUGGAGGCGCUAUUACAUCAGCUGGAUGAGAUGAAGCGAGAGAUGCUGCGCCACAUGAAGGGAACAAAGCUAUUGGUCCCAGAGCCUUUCCACUUUCUGCUUCCAGAACCCAAAGGACUGGUGACAACAAUCUAUCCUGCCGGGGUGCCUGACAGUCAACUCGAGAACCAGCGUAAGGAGCUGCAUGCGCGCUUUAAGGUGCCAGAGGACAAACCCUAUUUUAGAAGAGCCAACGCUUAUCACUUCCCCAAUGAACCCUGCAAAGAUGGUUACCUCCGAAACCCUCACCUGGCUCUCACGCAUCCCACCUUGGACGAUGGAAAGGCAUACUUGGUGCAAGGCCUGUACAGUUACCACCACUACAUGCAGGACCGCGUGGACGACAACGGCUGGGGCUGCGCUUAUCGCUCUCUGCAGACCAUCUGCUCCUGGUUCCAGCAGCAAGGCUACGUAGAGCGGACUGUCCCCACUCACAAGGAAAUCCAACAGGCGUUGGUGGAUGUUGGUGACAAACAAGGGUCCUUUGUGGGGUCUCGUCAGUGGAUUGGAUCUUUCGAGGUUCACGCUGUCCUCAGCCAACUACUCGGGGUUACAUCCAAGAUUUUAUUUGUGAGCCAGGGUUCUGAUAUGGCUUCCAAAGGCAGAGAGCUGGCAAAUCAUUUUCUCUCUGAGGGAACUCCAGUGAUGAUUGGUGGGGGGGUCUUGGCUCACACCAUUCUAGGCGUCGCUUGGAGCGAGACCACCGGGCAGAUUCGCUUCCUCAUCCUGGAUCCUCAUUAUACAGGCGCAGAGGACUUGCAGGUCAUCACAGAGAAGGGUUGGUGUGGCUGGAAAGGACCUGAGUUUUGGGAUCAAACGGCAUAUUAUAAUAUGUGUCUCCCCCAGAGGCCCAAAGCAAUCUAACGUACGGCCAUGUCGACUCACUACCAGUGCUUUGUCAUGUAAAUCCUAUGACUGCCACCACCAGGCACAAGUCUGUGUGUGAACGUUUGUCCAAUAAAUCUGCAUCUCAUUUGGUGAAC